AUGAGCCAGACUGCAGACAACGUCGACUCUUCGCAUUGGCGCGCAGAACUGCAGAGGCUCGUUAGUGCGGUCAUCUCGCCUGAUGAGCUGCAGUGGAAGAGCAUUGGGCGCAAAGAUAGUGCAUCUUACAUGCAACGAGUAUUAGAUCAGAUCAGGUCCAGGUGGGCUCGGGGACUGCAUCAUUCUUCGUCUUCUACGCGUGCAACACUAGCUGAAAAUGUUGCCUCCCUUGCCUCGCACCUCAAGCCGUUCUCUCGGCAACAAUCAUCUCAGUUCCGCAUUGCCACUGCUCUUCUGUUACCUUUGAACAAAAUUAUUGAAGGCCCAUCAACUGAAGUUGACGUUCGUGUACGGCGACAAGCAUUUAAUGUUUUCAGAACCGUCGUCAAAGAACAUUCAGCAGAUAUUCAAUCUGACGAACCGCCACCUGUAUUUGAUUUCUUGCAACGCGGGUUCAAUGACAAGGACCGUUCCGUCCGAGUUGAUGCUGGUCGCGCACUUUCGGAUUUGAUCCACAUCCACUCUUGUGCAACUGACAGGGGAUGCAAAUUCAAUGAAACGAUUUUCAUGAAGAUCAACGGAUUACUUGAAUCAGGUGUGAAGGAUGCGGUAAAAGAAACGUUGCUGGUUACUAUCGGUUCUAUUGGGCGCAGUGCUCAGUUUGAGCUUCUUGGAUUAAUUGUCCACUGUUUAAUAUCCCAACUAGGCCAAGAUAAUCCUGUAUUGAAAGGCUUAGCUUACACACAACUUUUGGAGAUAGCGAAAGCACAAAUGAAGUCCCCUUACAAUCUUGUCUCGCCGUAUCUCUCCCAGGUCGCAACAUUCGUCGUCUCCCGGAAGUGUACGAACCCAAUGUUGAUAUUCGAGACGUGUCGAUUUCUAUCUGUGCAUCCAACCGAUUUUGUCUCUGUCACGUUACCCAAAACUCUUCCGUACCUCUUUGCUAACUCCGAAGCGAAGGUAAUAGAGGAGAUUUCAGAGGAUUUGGGUGAAACGAUUUUGUCGCUAUUCAUGAAUCAUUCUCACCAGAUCCUUGCUCAUGUGUAUCAACAACAUGGGCCAGCACAAACAACGGGGUCUUUGACGUUCAUUAUGAACAUAAUUUCUAGGGGUGCCAAGUCCAAGUCUGCUGAUCUCACCGUCCAAGGCAUGGUCCAGAGCUGUGUGGUGGCGCUGCUUGCAGAUCUAGUCGUGGUCCUAGGACAUGAGAAUGAAGAACGAGCUGCCUUGGCAGUGGACGCUUUGCGAAAAGUCCAGCGGUCAGUCACAAGCAACACCGAACUCGAAUUAUCUCUGUUCCUCAAGACAUACAUGCUUGGCAUUGUAUCCAACUUGAAUGAGAUGCUGCAAGAUGUUCACGGCAAGAAAUCAUUUCCAGCAAAGAAGCAGAUUCUACGCGGUCUAGAAGCACUGAUCGUCCAAAUUGGACCUCUUGUAAAUGAAGUUUCGCCUCAGAUUAUGGCUACCUUGCAAACGAUGUUUCUGGUCCCUGAACUUGCUGAAGUCACCCUAUCCACGUGGUACACAUUUCUGUCCAUGUUGAAUGUUGAGGACGUUAUUCCGCAUAUCGGCACUACUAGUGCAGCCAUUGUCUCUGCCUGGUCCGCUUUGUCUCCUUCCACACGGGAAUCCGCCAAGAAAUGUCUGCAAUAUAUCGUCUUUGAUGUUGGAAGCGUCCGAAAUAACGCGAAGGCACAUCUAGACGCAGUGGUGGACCUCAGUCAUAUCCUAGAACUUUCUGAGAUGCACGCCCAACUUCAGAGUAAGAUUCUAGAUCGGUGUUCCAGUAACAACGUCACAGUAGCUCAGAACAAUCAAGCCUCGCUUAUACAGAACCUUGCAGCGGGCGACGCAUUUGAUCCCUUAAUUGGAAAUAUACAAUUGACCUUAUUUCAGGGCUCUGACACUCUGCGACAAUUGGCGUUUGACUGCAUGGGAAUUCUUGGGGCGGUUGAUCCAGACCACACCAAAAUGAUCGUGCGGAAUAACUUUGAGGAUGCCGCAGAAGCAAGAUUGUUUGCUCUGCACGUCAUCCAGGACGUUCUCGUAGACGCUUUUCGGUCCACCAGCGACAUCAAGUAUCAAGGACAUCUCGCCUACACGAUACAAGAACUCAUGCACUUUUGCGAAUUCUCGACUACCCUGGUGUCAUCAGAAAACACGACAUCUGUCCCGGCGCGGGUCCGUAACAUGUGGAACGGGCUUCCAAAACAUGUGCUUGAAACAGUUACUCCACUUUUGGCAGGCAAAUUCAAAGCUUCACAUAAGGAAUUGCCCCAUCUUCCUUCGCCCAUUUACCCUCAUCAAAAGACCUAUCGAGAAUGGGUACAGCUAUGGACAGCUCAUCUAAUAACCAAAGCGUCUAAUGAUAUGGCGCGGAAGAUAUUUGGGGUCUUUCGCUCAGCAGUGCGUAACAAGGAUGUUGGUGUCGCUCACCACAUACUGCCUCACCUCGUAUUGAACAUUCUUGCCUCUGAGAACGAUGAAGAUACCAACUGCAUUAUCCAGGAAUUAACAGCUGUUUUGAAAGAUCAAGUAGCUCCUGAUAGUCCGUCCACUCCAGACAAGAAGUUCCUCAGUGCACAGGCUGUCUUCACGUUGUUGGACCAUCUUAGUGCAUAUGUACGAGUCCAGCGACAGGACCUACCGAAAAAAGCUGAAGGCAGAAGAUCACGAGCGAAUUCUGAAUUUGUGAUACGUCAGCAGCAGCUUAUGCGGGUCGACUCAGUCCUUUCUAGCAUCGAUCAUGAACUCAUGGCUAAAGCUGCACUACAGUGUCGAGCUCACGCUCGCUCACUUAUGAACUUUGAGAAGCGGAUAGUCUCGAUGAGAGAGCGGCAUCCCCCUCCUCCUCCAACGGAUUUCACACCCUAUUAUGAACGCCUUCACGAGAUUUACGCACAGCUCGACCAACCGGAUGGAAUGGAGGGCAUAUCGACGUUGAUCUUGUCCCCUUCAUUGGAACAUCAAAUCCGUCAACAUGAAAGUACUGGGCGUUGGACUGCUGCUCAAAGUUGUUGGGAAGUCCGUCUUCAGCAACAGCCUGACAAUUUAGACUUCCAUCUUGGACUCCUUCGAUGUUUGCGCAAUCUUGGACAUUAUGAUACUCUCCGCACACAUGUCCACGGCGUUCUUGUUAGAAACCCAGGGUGGCAGUCGGCUUUGGCAGACUUUCAGGUCGAAAGCGCGUGGAUGAUAGGAGCAUGGGACGACGUUUACAAGACCACAGCGGAUACAGAACAUGAAGGACCUUCCGUGGUUAAAGCUCGAGUUCUUCUUGCUAUGCGGUCUAGUGAACCUUUGCAGAUCAAAGAAAGCCUUAGGAGAGCACGUCUUGUUCUUGGUGCUCCAAUUGCUGCUUCUGGGCCAAGUGGGCAUCGUCGUGCUUAUGACGCCCUAGUCGAUCUCCACAUGAUUCACGAACUCGAAUUGAUCCACGAGACUGUGUCUAAUUUGCCGCCAAGUUCGCAAGGCCGUAAAUCUGCUAUUGUGACUCUUAGCCAAAUUCUUAGUGCACGUUUGGACCGUACAUUGCCUACCUUCCGCGUGCAUGAAUCCCUGCUUAGCAUGCGGCGAACAGCAUUUUCACUCAGCACAACCUCUCGACCAUCAAUCACAAGUCAAAUUGGUCAAUCAUGGUUGGCGAGUGCCAAAAUCGCUCGAAAAGCCGGACAGUGGCAGACCGCAUACAGUGCAAUGCUCCAAGCGCAAUACACCAACGCUCGAUUUAGCUUCAUGGAAAGUGGGAAGCUAGUCAGAGCACGGGGAGAGCCGUUACGCGCGCUCCAAGAACUUGAAAACUCCAUGCGCAUCUUAGGUUUCGUGGACAAUGAUACUGUUGACUUGACAAGAGAAGAUGAACAGUCCACACGGAUGAAGGCAAAGGUACGGACGUAUUUAUCGGAUGAAUGUAGCUCACGAUCCCACAAUCAGGCACAAAUUCUUCUUGCACGUUGGAUGAACGAGUCUGAUAGAUACGAAGCUUCCUACGUGCUCAAGCAGUUUCAGAACGCCGCCGAUUCAGCUCCGGGAUGGGAGAGUGCCUUUUACCACCUUGGCCACUUCCAGGACCAGUGUUAUAGGAAUCUAUCAGCAGACGACAAGUCAAACCGGGGAAUCAAGAUGAACUUCCAAACCAUCAAGUGUUUCACAGAAGCCGCUGCUUAUGGAAAUAAAUUUGUAUACCAGACUAUUCCUCGUUUGCUCACCUUAUGGCUAGACAUGGGCGAGCGUAAGGUCUCUGCAGAAAAUCCGUUGUUUGACAAGAUCAACACUGUCGUCGCCAGCUCCAUUGAUAGCAUCCCAGUAUACAAGUGGUUUACCGCAUUCCCUCAAAUCGUAUCCCGAAUUGGGCAUCCCAAUCGUGUUGUGUACUUAGUCUUGUCGAAACUUAUUUCAUCAGUCAUCCGAGAAUACCCCAAUCAGGCGCUUUGGUUCUUCGCAUCAGUCGUGAACUCGACGAAAGCCCUUCGCCAGCAGCGCGGAAGAACAAUAUUGGAUCAGCUGAAAAGCAGCCCAGCGAACACGGACUCCAACUUUCCGAACCUUAUAACAAGUCUUCACGCCAUGAUUGACGAGCUCCUUCGACUUUGUAAUUACUCCAUUGGCGAACGCAAGACGCUCAGCAUGCGCCGAGAUUUUCCCAAGCUACUUGGGAUGAAAGAUAGUAAUAUCCUCAUCCCUUUGCAAUCAUCGUUGACGGUCAACCUCCCGCCUGUCUCAUCUACGAACCACCGCGAUAAACGACAUAAUCUUUUUGACCCUUUGUCGCCCACAUUUGCUGUCUUCUACGACGACAUUGAAAUCAUGCACUCGUUGGCCAAGCCACGAAAAUUCACAGUUAACGGUUCCGACGGUAUUAAAUAUAUGUUCCUCGCCAAACCGAAGGACGAUCUGCGGAAGGAUGCACGCCUUAUGGAUUUCAAUGGGAUCAUUAACAAACUCCUCAAGACUAAUUCAGAAUCUCGGAGAAGGCAGCUUCACAUUCGGACGUACGGCGUGGUGGCAUUGAACGAGGAAUGUGGUGUUAUUCAAUGGGUGCCGAACACUGUACCUGUGAGACCCGUACUGUUGAAAUACUACGAGACGAGGAAUAUUCCAGCUUGGGAAUUAAAUGAUGUCACAAGGCACAUCAAAGACGGUACCGAUAAAGAAGCCGCUGACCUUUUUGUGAACAAAAUUCUUCCUGAGUUUCCUCCGGUCUUUCACGAAUGGUUUGUGGAAACAUUCCCGGAGCCAUCAGUAUGGCUAGCUAGUCGCCUAAAUUAUGGGCGUACUAUGGCAGUUAUGUCAAUGGUCGGAUUCAUCUUAGGGUUGGGAGAUAGGCACUGUGAAAAUAUCCUUCUGGACACCAACAACGGAGACAUCGUCCAUGUUGAUUUUAGCUGUCUCUUCGAGAAGGGCAAGACACUUGAGACACCCGAAAGGGUCCCUUUCAGACUCACUCAAAACCUUGUUGACGGCCUUGGGGUUACUGGCAUAGAAGGAGUCUUUCGUAUCGCCUGCGAAAUUACAAUGCAACUCCUCCGUGAUAACAAGGACCCCCUCAUGAGUGUUCUCGAUGCAUUUAUUCACGAUCCGCUAGUCGAAUGGGAGGAUGAGACGAGAAAGAGACAACGUCGCAAUGCGAAAGACAAGGACAAGGACAAAAUGAAUUCUGCUGCCAUCAAGACUGCCGAUUUGAGACUAUGGGCCAAGUCUGCGCUGCGGCCGAUAGAGCGGAAAUUGAAAGGACUAUAUUCCCCGACAAACGUGAAGGAGCGAACUUAUGGAGGAAUCACAAGAGGAGGAGAAGACGAACGGGAAAUCUCGACAAGUAAUCUCGUCCAGAUGCUCAUACAAGAGGCAGUCGACCCCGCGAACCUGGGUAAGAUGUAUCCUGGAUGGGCCGCAUGGCACUAGGGAUUCACUCUUGACAAGGAGCCCGUAUCAUGUUGUUGAAUGAUAUGCCCUGUAUUGUAUUUCGCCAUGCAUGUAGUACGACUCUUUACAUU